GCUCCUGUGUGCGUUCGAAUAGAUUGGCGACGAUGGGGACGUGUAGGAGGCAAAUGGGGGCAGCGGGGGACAAAUCAUUUAAGGCUGGCCAUGCUCAACGAUUCGCUCGAUUAUCUCGAUGAUAAUUUGUCAAUGUAUCGUUAACCCUAUCCGCGAAUGAUGCCGAUGUUUUUGAAAUACGUGAUUUCGCUAUCUGCUGGCGAUUCACCGAAUUAGAAUAAAUAUUGAAUUUCAUCAGACAAGAUCAGCUUUAUCGGCCGUCUCUAAUAAUUUUUUUUGGCGUCUUAAAUAUAAUUAUCAAGCUCGCGCGACGAUUACACUUUGUCUGCGAAAUAUAGUGAGAAUGGAGUUGCUUAAAAAUGAGAAGGCCCGUGCAUUGUAUGUAGAUACCGAUUCGCCAACUGUUCCACCUGAUCCAGUAAUAUCGAGAGAAGAAGAACCUCCUUCCGGAGGAGGAACACGACCUCCUAAUAUUUUAAAUACCGAUUCUACAAAUACCAGUCCGGAGCAUCAACCCGCAGACUCCUGGGAAGAAGCAGCGGUAGACGGAGAUCCUCUUUUAACUCCAGAAAAUGAGGAGGUCGAAGUUGAAAUUGAAGAAGAUGAAGAAAUGGUCGUUAAGGUGCCAAAGAAGAAAAUUGUUAAAGUUACGGAAGAUACGAAGAGUAAAAAAGAGCAUGUAAAUGUUGUUUUUAUUGGUCAUGUGGACGCUGGCAAGUCGACUAUUGGUGGCCAAAUAAUGGCUCUGACGGGGAUGGUUGACAAGAGAACCCUGGAGAAAUACGAAAGAGAGGCCAAGGAGCGAAGCAGAGAGACAUGGUACUUAAGUUGGGCCCUGGACACCAAUCAGGAGGAGCGAGAGAAAGGCAAGACCGUGGAAGUUGGGAGGGCGUACUUCGAGACCGAGAGAAAGCAUUUUACGAUACUCGACGCGCCAGGCCAUAAAAGCUUCGUACCGAAUAUGAUUGGGGGUGCGGCCCAGGCGGACCUCGCUGUCCUCGUCAUAUCAGCGAGGAAAGGAGAAUUCGAGACGGGUUUCGACAGGGGAGGUCAGACGAGGGAACAUGCGAUGCUCGCCAAGACUGCUGGUGUCAAACAUCUGGUUGUGUUAGUUAAUAAGAUGGAUGACCCCACCGUCGAAUGGGAUGAAGCCAGAUACAACGAAUGCAGAGACAAAAUUUUACCAUACCUCCGUAAAUUAGGAUUCAAUCCAGCAAAAGAUCUCACCUUUAUGCCUGUAUCAGGACAACUUGGAAUAGGCUUGAAAGAUGCAAUUCCUGAAAGUCUUUGCAUUUGGUACAAGGGUCCACCAUUCAUACCUUUUAUAGAUUCUCUUCCUUCUCUCAAUCGCAAGAGUAGUGGUCCAUUUAUAAUGCCCAUUGUUGAUAAAUAUAAGGACAUGGGCACAGUUGUAAUGGGUAAAGUAGAAGCAGGUGAAGCUAAAAAAGGACAAUCGCUUUUUGUGAUGCCAAACAGGACGGCAGUAGUAGUGGACCAACUGUGGUCGGAUGACGAAGAAGUCACAUCUGUGGGCCCUGGUGAAAAUGUAAAAAUUAAAUUAAAGGGUAUCGAGGAGGAGGACGUUAGCCCUGGUUUUGUGCUUUGCGAUAGUAAUAAUCCUAUCAAGACCGGAAAAGUUUUCGACGCACAAGUCGUUAUUUUGGAACACAAGAGUAUAAUCUGUGCUGGCUACAGUGCUGUGAUGCACAUACACUGUGCUGCAGAAGAAGUCACAGUAAAGACUCUGAUCUGUUUAGUUGAUAAGAAGUCGGGCGAGAAGAGUAAAACGCGACCCAGGUUCGUUAAACAAGAUCAAGUGGCAAUCAUGAGAAUCGAGUGUGCCGGAGUUAUAUGCCUUGAAAAAUUCAAACUGUUCCCUCAAAUGGGAAGAUUUACUCUCAGGGACGAAAAUAAAACUAUUGCCAUUGGCAAGGUGCUGAAGGUGGUCGAGUAAACCUGGUUAUUAUCAACAGCCGCGAGAGGGAGAACACUUACAGUGUGACGAAAAUGUGAAAGCAACGAUAAGAAGCCGAACACUUGGUAUAUUCAAAAUAAAAAAUACAAACAACAGUCACGUCGAUUACUCGUGAAACACUGAUAUACGUACACAUACACUCGACACCAAUUUAUAUCAUACCGAUGAGAAUUUUUGAUCAGAGUAUGUAGAGGUAUAUGCGAAUUAUAUAUACGAAGAAAAUAUAUAAAAAGCCGAAAUCCAAGCUACUUUUAAUCACUUUAAAAGAAUGAAAAAAAAAAAAAACGAUGAUUGAAGGCCGCCUGGUUUUCCCGAGAAACAAGAACAUUUGAGCGUUGAGUGAUAUUUCUUGUAAAGGGAUAUUAAUACCCAAUAAUAAAUUAGUAAUAAAGUUUUUUCAAUAACGUGA